UAGGCGUGGUUAACCUUGCUUGCCGCUUCUUGUUGGUGGCAAAUAAUUAUGACAGGUUAAAGGUUAGGCCUUCACAAAACGCAAACUUGCUGUCGAUAACGAAAACAAGAUGGCAGAGGUAGAGGUGUCAUACCCACUGGAUGUUGUAUACUGUGGAAAUUGUUCUAUGCAACCAGAACUAUGUGAGUAUAGUCCUGAGUAUGAGAAAUGCAAGGAAUGGCUGCAGACAAAUUUUCCAGACAUGUUUGAUGCAAUGAUGUCAUUAAAAGAUGGAGAUGCAGAGGGCGGCGAGAAAAAGAAGAAACAAAAGAGAGGUGGAAAAGGAGUUUUGAAAACCAAAAAGAAAGCAGAACCCCAGACUAUUACUAUUCGUCGACAACAACGAAACAAGAAGAAAACUGUUACUAUUAUCAAAGGUCUCAACACACACGAUAUUGAGCUUGCCACUGCGGCCAAGCACUUCGCACAAAAGUUUUCUUGUGGCUCAUCGGUAACUGGUGAUGACGAAAUCAUCAUACAAGGAGAUGUGACUGAUGAUGUCAUAGAUUUACUAGAAAAAAAAUAUUCGAUUGAGAUGAAAUACAUUGAAGAUUUAGGUAUGAAGAAAUGAAAAUACAUGUGACAUCACAAAGUAGAACAAGGAUCGUUGAGUUAACACAGCUUUGUAUCAGGAACUGAAGCUGGCAGGCUCGAAUCCAUCAGUGUGUGCUCAUGCAUUAUGGACAUACUGUAUACUGCAACUGGAAUAUGUUGAUGCUUGAUGUCUAAUCAGACACUUCAUGCGGCUCAGCAGAUAUUUUUUGAACGACAACAUAAAUGAUAACUAAGGGCCUAUUGUAUUGUAUUGUCAUUAUUUUAUUGAUAUCUUUGUGCAAUGUGGCUAUAGAGGGCGCUGUGUGAUUGGAUGUCACAAUCAGCAUGAUUAUUUACUACUAGUAGAAUAUUGUACAUGAAUAUUGUCAUUGAAUUCUUGCUUAUUGCUGACUUAUAAUUUAUGAAAAUAAACGAUGAUAUUAAAUGAAAUCUUCA